AUGAAUCUACCGAUUACUACAGACUUAUCAAAUAUAUGGUCAUCAGUUACUACGACAAAUUUAUUUCAGUUACCUGUAGAACAUCAACAAACAAUGGAUAUGCAACAACCAUUUAUUGGAAAUUAUAAUAAUAGUAAUCCUCCAGUUACUGAAUUAGUAAAUUUAAUAUCAACACCAUCAUCUUCUUCUUCAUUGUCAACUUUGUCAGCUUCUUCAUCAACGUCAUCAUCAUCAUCAUCGUCAUCUUCAUCAUCAUCAGGUCGAAGAAUUAAUGAUUCACAAUCAUAUUGGAAUGGAAUUACUUUACUUAGAGAAACAAUACCUAGUUAUUAUUCAAAUUCAAUUGGAUCAUCCAUGUUAUGUCCUAUUAUUAAUCCAUCUGUUGUUUCACAAUCAUCAAUGAAUAAUUGUACAAUGAAUUAUUCAAAUGUACCAAAUUCAUUACAUGGACCUUCUUCAUCAUCAUCUUCAUCAGGAAAUGUAUCAAGUACUACAGGGAAUGGAACUACAAAAGUUCCAAGACAACGUAAAAAAGAUCCAUACAUUCCUAGUUAUAUGGAUCCAGCCAAUGGUCCUGAACCUUGUGUUGUAUGUGGUGAUAAUGCAACUGGAUUUCAUUAUCGUGCUAUGACAUGUGAAGGUUGUAAAGGAUUUUUUCGACGUUCAGUACAAAAGAAACUAGUUUAUACUUGUAAAUACAAUGGACGAUGUUCUGUAUCGGAUAAACAAAAUCGUAAUAGUUGUCAAAAAUGUCGCUUUGAUCGAUGUAUUAAAGGUGGUAUGGCAAAAGAUUUGGUUUUGGAUGAAGAAAAACGUUUAGCAAAACGUCGUUUAAUUGAAGCAAAUCGUGCACGUAAACGUGCUGAAUCUGAUAAUGCAAUACAACAAAGUCAAAUCAAUUCUGGUCCAAGUCCACCUAAACAAACUAGUUACCUACCUCCAACACCUUCUUCUAUUUCAAGUGCUGUUUCACCACUUCAUCGUUCUCCAUUAAUGUCUCAACAGAAUGUAAUUUCAGCACAAAUUAGACAAUCACAAAUGAAAUCACCAAUGGUAACAACUAAUCAAUCACGUUCAAUACUACAUAAUUAUCCAUCGAUAACAGCUCAAACAGGUGUAAUGAAUUUUACCAAUUUAUCACCAACUGAUGGUAAUUCAACUCAAUUACAUAUAUCUACAAAUCUUAGUCCAACAAUACAAUCCUCUACUAAUAAUCUUGAUCAACAUAAUUCAACAUCAAUUCAACCAACAAUAUAUGAUCCAAAUUGUGCUAUGCUUCCAUUAUUACAAACAUCACCAACAAGAAAUAAUCUUAUCUAUUCCGAUGGAAAUUCUCCAAUAAAUCAACAUAGUCACUAUGUAAGUACUAAUCAUCAUCAACCACAUCAUCAUCAACAUCAUCAUCAACAACAUCCUACUGGUCAUCCAAUUCAAGUACCAACAACAGAUUUAAUGCCAAAUAAUACACUUCAUUCAAGUUCAUUAGUGAAUAUAUCAUCUAGUAUUCCAUUAGAUGAAUCCAAUCAACUGUAUUGGUCAAAUAAUUCAACAAUUGAGAAUACAUUUCAUCAUCAUCAUGCAUUAACUACUAUACAUAGUGGUAUCAAUCCAAUUCAUCAACAUCAUCAACUUCCAUUACAACAACAUCAAAAUAAUUUUAUUCAACCAAUUGUAACUGAUACAAAUUGGAAUGGUGAACAAUUUACCCAAUCGAUAAUGGAUACUGGUAACAAUAUAUCACAAUAUUGUCCAGUAAGCCUAAUUAAUGAUACUUUAUCAUAUGAUCAACAUCAACGAAAUCAACAUCCUCCUCCUCAUCAUCAUCAUCACCAACAUCCUAAUCAUCACCAUCAUCAUCAACAACAACAACAACAACAGCUGCAGCAGCAACCGUCAUCAAUGUCACAUCAAACUCAUGAUGUUAAUUUAGUCAUGAAACAAACUAAUCCUAUGAAUGUGUUUCAUUUCGAUCCACUGAUAAAGAAUGAUGAUGUUAGUGGAAUGAAAAUUGCCAAAUUAGAUGAAAGAAAAUUUACUAUGCCAAUUACUUCUAUAAAUACAUCUACUAUUAAUUCAUUUUCUAAUGCUGACUAUUCAUCGUCUUCAUCAUCAUUGUCGUCGUCUUGUUCCUCGUCAUCAUCGUCAUCAUCAUCGUUAUCAUUAUCUUCAUCUUCGUCGUCAGUAACUUUGACGAAAAAUACUGAAGAUCAAUUACAGUUAAAUUCAAAAAAUGAUGAUACUUUAAGUGUAUCAGAUGACUUGUUUGUAUGGACAGUUGAUGAUCAAAAUCUAAUUAAUUCAAUAUGUAAUGCUUAUGAAUCUACAUAUUUUGAUAAAGAUUCACCUAAUAAUAAAACAAUUCAAAAUCAAUUAUCUGGUACAAAUAAUAAAGAUGUUACACAAUCUGGUGAUAAUUCUCAACAGAAUUCAGGUGAAUUUGUAAUUAAAAGUAUCGUGGAUUCACAUGUGACCGGAUUUCUCACAAAGUUAGAUGAAGUUGAACAAGAAGAUAUUCAACAUGCUAGAACAUUUUAUAUGACAACAUUUCAUGAUUUAGCUUAUCUUAUUGAACCAGCAAUAACACGUUUAGUGAAAUUUGCUAAACAAAUUCAAGGAUUUGAUACACUUGAAGCAGAUGAUCAAAUUCAUUUAUUAUGUGGCUGUUGUAUUGAUCUGAUCACUUUAAGAGCAGCUUAUUGUCUUAGUAAAUCAGCUAAAAUUCAAGGAUUAGUUGAUCAUUCAUUAUUGAUUCGAGGUUCAAUAAUAACGGCGACGACGACGACGACAACAACAACAACAUCAAUAUCACAACCGUCAAAUAAUCAAUCAAAUUUAACUCAUCAAUAUAAUACAAUAACACCUCCAUAUAUACCUAAUAAUCAAUAUCCAAAACUUGGUAUAUCUGAUGAAAAAUUUGCUCAAAUAAUUCGUGGUGUAGCAUUAAAAAUGGCACGUUUAAAUAUUGAUCAAACGGAUGUUGCAAUGAUGGCAGCUAUUUUAUUAAUGUCUCCUGAUCGAAGUGAUUUAUUAGAUGUUGAAUCUAUAGAAAAUCAUCAAAAUAAUCUUUUAGAAACAUUUAAUCGUUAUGUUAAUCGUACACGUGGUCAAAUUAAACAAUCCGGUCUAUAUCCAGUAUCUAGUUCGCAAUGUUGGCCAAGAAUUAUAAUGACUUUAACUGAAUUACGUUCAGUUACUAUGUGUGCACAAGAUUUAUUUUCACAAACUUAUGGAAUGAAUGAUAAUAAUAAUAAUAAUAAUAAUAAUAAUAAUAAUAAUAAUAAUAAUAAGUUACCAUGGUAUUUGCAUGAAUUAUUUUUAGCUGAUGAAAAAAUAAACACUAUGGAAUAAGUUAAACAAACAAAAAAUGUAAAUCUACAUUGCAUUUGUAAAGUUUUGCAUUCAUUCAUGUUUAUAUUUCGAAUCCUAUUCUUCAAAUGUAUAACACUAUAAUGAGAGAUACUUCUCCUCCUCCUUCUUCUUCUCCUCCUCCUCUUCCUCCUCCUUCUCCUUCUUCUUCUCGUUCUUUCUUUUCUUCUCCUUCUCCUUCUCCUCCUCCUCCUCCUUCUUCUUAUGAAGGUUUAGGUAUCCAUAUGAACAUUCAAUUUAAUAAAACUAUCAUAUUUGAGUCAUUGAACAUGACAUAAAC